AUGUCUGCCCCUACACCUACUAUCGAGGAGCUUAUGGCGAUGCUCAGAAUUGUGGAGAAGCAGCGCGACACCCACCUUAAGACCUGUAUCGACCAAUCAGAUACAAUUAGGGAGUUGCGCGAGGAAGCAGAUGCGGACGCGGAUUACAGACAUGAACUCGAAGCCAAGAACAGUAUGCUCGAGAAGCGCAUCCACGAGCUCGAGGGAGCUCAGCAGACCGCAACUUCCUCAGAUCACCCCGCCAUCAGUACCAAUGACAACAUCACCGCGACUACAUCGUCCCUUUCCGCUCUACAUAUUGAGCCCAAGAAGACGUAA